AUGGCUGAGCACGUACAAGACGACGUCAUCGGAGCCUCAAUGGACGAAGAGGUGGACCUGAGAGCGUCUGUCCAGUAUGCCGUCCUGAAGAUUUGUCAGGAGGAAGACGCCGGUAGUGACAGCUACACCACGCCCCGGGCGGUUGCCGCCUUGGCCGAGUUGACCUAUCUGUACGCGACACAAAGUUUGGGGCCCGAUCUAGACGCAUUUUCUUCCCACGCCGGCCGCCGGACCAUCAAUGAAUCGGACGUGAAGCUGGUGAUUCGCAAACAUCCAGAACACCUUGCCAAAUUGGAGGCGUAUUGCGCCGAGCAAGCGGUGGCGGCCGCUGCCGCUGUGGACGAUAACAAUAAGAUUCGCAAAAAGAAAGUUCCCACUGUCAAUCUACAGUCACGGAAGCGUUUGCAAGGUCAGAAUGUGGACGAUCAAGUGAACCAUAAUGAGGAUUCGUCGGAAGACGAAGACUUGGUACAAUUGGACAGUGCCAUGGAAGCCGCUAACCGACGUGUGGCCAAGUCAGCAGCAACCUCCUACACUGCAGAAAAGCUAAUGGGUAACUCGGACGACGAAGAUGUUACAUUGAAGCCCCCCGGGUCUUCGCGGAAAGCCCUUGGCAAAAGUCGUCCCGCUUGGUACGAAAGUAGCAGCGAUGACGAGGAGCUAGCUUUGGCUGGGAAGGAAAAGAAGAAGUCCAAGCCAAAAGCGUCGCCUUGUGCGUCCCGGUUUCGUUUGCCUUCAUCAUCGACGCCGCGCAAAGCAGACAAGGACUUGCAAGAUGACAGUGACAGUGAUACCGAAAUGAUGGGCGAUGCCCCAACUCGAUCAAGACACACCAAGCCUGUAUCCCGCGUCGAUGAGAUCAUGACGAAUCUUUCCGACGAUUCACUGGACGACACCAAGGAGAAUUGUUUGAGAUGA